AUGCAGCUCCUCCACGCCCUCGCCGUGUUCUGCUCACUGCCACAGUUUGCAACACUGGUCUUAGCAGAAAAUACAAAUCCCUCUGCGGAGCGAGAAUCCAAAGAAACUAACACGCGAUCGCUGCCGGCAAAAAUCGUCAUACAGCGCAAUGCCGCUAUAGCAUCCCAGCUCGCAUCAGGACCAGCUCUCGGCGUGAAGAAAAUGAGCGAGAACGAAGGCGAGAAAUUCUUCCUCGACUACUGGAGUUUUGGAGAGGCCUCUUCGUCAAGUAACAUAUCUGAGCGACACUUCUCCGAGGAAGAAGGAUUUUCACCAGCGCGCUUUGUGGCCCAAUCAUACCCAUUCGGGCCAUCUUACUCCCCGAGCACAGAUGAAUACAGUCAGUACCUUCCCCGAGAAAACAAUAGCGCAAACAAUUUGUUUGAAAAACGAGAUUUCAAGUGCCCGACUGGGACAUUGGGGUGCACAUCCAUCGGUCGAUCCGAUCGCUGCUGUGGGUCCGGGGAGACGUGCGAGAUUGUUGCUGAUACAGGGAACGGCGAUGUGGGCUGCUGUCCUAGCUGGCAGACGUGCUCUGGGACUAUUGGGUCGUGUGAGAGUGGGUAUACGGCUUGUUCGCAGGCUUUGGGGGGUGGGUGUUGUAUCCCGGGAUAUGAUUGUGUUGAAGGAGGAUGCGCAUACAUCACUGUUAUUACGUACUUCCACUUCAAUUUCCACUUCAACCUCCACUUCGACUUCGACUUCGACUUCCUCGACAACCUCUUCCCAAAGCGGCACAUCCACAACAGACGAAAGCUUGGCACCACCAGCACGGCCUACGAACCUGUCAACAGUAACCAGCGAUGUCUGCCCGACUGGUUUCUAUGCCUGCUCCGCUGUCUACCAAGGUGGCUGCUGCCGUACUGGACGAGACUGCGAUACGACAUCAUGCCCGACCACAUCUUCGACGACUAUGACAUCAGACGGUGUGACGAUUGUAGCGCCCGUCGCGACAACAACGGAACGUUCUGGUGGGAACCUAUCCUGAUCAUGUACCCUCUGGACGUGCUCAAGACUCGAAUUCAGCUUCAGUCUGGACCCGCUGUUCCCGGUGCGGAUUACUACAAUGGCAUGUUCGACUGCUUCCGUAAGAUUGUCAAGAACGAGGGUGCUUCUCGUCUAUACCGUGGUAUUUCCGCGCCCAUCCUGAUGGAGGCGCCGAAGCGUGCGACCAAGUUCGCCGCCAACGACAGCUGGGGUGCUUUCUACCGCAACCUGUUCGGUGUGGACAAGCAGACCCAAGGACUGGCUACCCUGACCGGAGCCACAGCCGGAGCUACUGAAGCUUUUGUCGUGGUUCCUUUUGAGCUGGUGAAGAUCCGUCUUCAGGACAAGGCACAGGCCCACAAGUACAACGGCAUGAUCGACGUUGUGAGAAAGAUCGUGGCCGCAGAAGGCCCGCUGGCAAUGUACAACGGCCUUGAGUCGACCAUGUGGCGCCACAUUCUGUGGAACGCCGGUUACUUCGGCUGUAUCUUCCAGGUCCGCGCUCAGCUGCCCGCCGUCGAGCCCGGCAACAAGAACCAGCAGACUCGCAACGACCUGAUUGCCGGUAGCAUUGGUGGUAUCGUCGGUACUGUCGUCAACACCCCAAUGGAUGUUGUUAAGUCCCGCAUCCAGAACACUUCCAAGGUCCCCGGUCAGGUCGCCAAGUACAACUGGGCUUGGCCUGCUCUCGGUACUGUGAUGAAGGAGGAGGGCUUCGCUGCUCUGUACAAGGGCUUCACGCCCAAGGUCCUGCGUCUCGGCCCUGGUGGUGGUAUUUUGCUUGUUGUUUACACUAGUGUCAUGGAUUUCUUCCGCACCAUGCGCGCUGAAAAAUAA